AUUAUCCUCGCGUCAUUUGACUCAUUUGUUUGAGCCUUAUGUGGUCUGCCCAACCCAUUAACAGCCCGAUGAAUAUCCCAUGGUAAGACUAAGACCAUGACUGGUGACUGGUGACUUGGUGAGCGCUAAGAGGCCGUUAUUUUGUGUUGCAUUGGAGGUGGUUGGGUCAUUGUAGUAAUUCGAUUUCCCAACCACACAAAAGCGACCGUGGAGUUGUCGAUAGGCUCUGGAUGAGGCGCGCCAAAAUCUCUGCAACGACUUAAGCCCCCUCUCAUGGCGUCUCUGUUCUCCUCGAUUAAUUUUCACCAAAACGCUCCCGUUUCUCUUGUUGCUUCUUCCUUUCGAAGACAAACUUCUCAUCCAAUACAUUAUCUGUUUCGCUUUAACCGGACUCGGGGAGUUGACACAACGAAAGCUACUCGUUCCGUAAUUCGCUGCAUUUCUGCCAAAAAUCCUUCAGUGGAAUUUUCAGACAUCAGUAAUUUGCCAUCAAUGUCAUACAUUUCAACAUUGUUCCAUGGUGUGAAGAAACUCGAGAGCACAAUUGCUGCAAUUCUCAUUUUUGUCCAAAUCUCAUCUCCACUGCCUUUGUUUGGUUACAAUUCAUGGUCCAUUUCUCCAGCAAAAGCUGUGCUUUACUCACCAGAUACAAAGGUUCCAAGAACCGGAGAGCUUGCUUUGAGAAGGGCUAUUCCAGCAAAUGCUAACAUGAAAGCAAUCCAGGAAUCUUUGGAGGACAUCUCAUACUUGCUAAGGAUACCACAGAGAAAGCCUUAUGGUACAAUGGAGGGGAAUGUCAAGAGAGCUAUAAAGAUUGCAAUGGAUGAGAAAGAAUCCAUCUUGGGUAGUAUACCUGAAGAUCUUAAGGAGAAGGGUUCCAUGCUGCAUGCUUCUCUUAUAGAUGGGAAGGGCAGGUUGCAGAGCCUUCUGGCAUCAAUCAAAGAUAAUGACCCAGAUAGAGUAUCUGUAGAUCUUGCAUCAUCAUUGGAUACUGUUGCAGAGUUGGAAUUAUUACAAGCUCCAGGUUUGUCAUUUUUGUUGCCCGAGCAAUACUUAAAAUACCCAAGGCUCACUGGGAGAGGAACUGUAGAGUUCACGAUCGAGAAGGGAGAUGGUACAACUUUUUCUCCUGCUUCUGGUGGUGAACCAAGAAAAUCUGCUAUAAUACAGGUUGUUCUUGAUGGGUAUUCAGCACCACUGACAGCAGGGAACUUUGCAAAACUGGUGGUUGAUGGGGCAUAUGAUGGGGUAAAGCUCAGCUCUACCAACCAAGCAGUUCUUUCAGAGAGUGGGCUUGGGAAGAAUAGAGGCUACAAUGUACCCUUGGAAAUAAAGCCAGCUGGACAAUUUGAGCCACUAUACAAAACAACACUUAGUGUGCAGGAUGGAGAGUUGCCAGUUCUUCCACUAUCUGUUUAUGGAGCAGUUGCUAUGGCACACAGUGAAGUCUCUGAGGAGUACUCUUCACCAUACCAGUUUUUCUUCUAUCUCUAUGAUAAGAGAAAUGCUGGUUUAGGAGGCUUGUCUUUUGAUGAAGGUCAAUUUUCAGUUUUUGGAUAUACAACUGUGGGGAGAGAUAUACUUCCACAAAUUAAAACAGGAGAUGUGAUCCAAUCUGCAAAGCUAGUGGAAGGUCGUGAUCGCCUCAUAUUGCCAGAUGAAAAUUGAUCUCUGCUUCCAAAAAGGGUUACCAUUCAUUUUUCAAUGUUACUUCUCAAAAAGCAUUAUUUGAUUUCUUAGAAUAGUUUUUUCCCAUCUUCUGUAAAUCUUCUGUUUUCACCCAUCUUUGUAAAACUAGUACAUUGGUCUUAAGAAUGAAAUGGCUGGAAAGAGAUCUGGGGAGCAGUUAGAUACUUAGAUGGGGAAAGCUUCUUCCUUAUUUGCUGAUCUGUACUUUGUAGACACCGAGACUCGGACCAUAAAUGAUACUUGAAAUGAAAUCAUUGAGAGGUGGCUAGAGCCUGGAGCUA